UUAAAUGGAAGAUACGUGCUAUGUUGUCGGCUUAACAUAAAUCCAAAUAGUAAUAAUUUCCAAUUGUUCAAUUUAGACUGUGUAUAUAUUUGCUCAGUUGUACACACAAUGGCUUACCGUAUAAAGUAGCAUCUAAUUUGGGCGGGUUAUUAGUGUAACAGCAAUUACCUGUAAAAACGGUAAAGUUUAAACGUAAAAUAUGAAAAUAUUUGUGUUAUUAGUUUUCAUUGCAGUUUUAAGUGACCAAAUAUGUGCAUAUCCAGCCGCUGAUGAUGCAGCCGCUAAAGAUGCCGUAAAAGAUGCAAGUACACCUGCCGUUGAUGCUGUAAAGGAUAAGAAUCCUCUAAAAGGUCAUGGCCCAUCCGUUCCUGGCUUGGAUAAUUUAUCAAAAAUGACUAGUAUUUUAAAUCCCGCUGAUAUGAUAAGCAAAGGCAAAGGUGUAAUGGAUACAUUAAUGAAACCGCUAAUGUCACCUCUUUCCGGCGUAGAGUCAAUGUUAAAACCACAUGACAAAGAUGUACAUCCACCUAGCAGCGAUGCAGCUUCAAAGUCAGCAAAUAAGGCUGAGAAUAAAAAUCCGUUACAAACUGCAGAGGCCUUUGGUACAUCUUUGUUUGGAAGUUUCUUCGGUUAAUAACAUGACGACCUUUUGCACCAACAAUUCUAUUGACACUU